AUGUUGAUGGAGCCGACUAGUACUCGUCCAAAGAAACGCCGAUGCGUCAAAGAACGCGUCCGUGUCACCAGGGCGUGUGACGCUUGCAAAAGAAAAAAGCUGCGCUGCUCAGGUACUCUUCCGUGCUCUUUGUGUCAGCGUUCGAGUCAGAGCUGUGAAUAUACCACAAGUUAUACCAGAGGGAAGGUGCCACCGAUCCCAGCGCUCCAUCAGCCUAACGGCAAUAGCAAUGUUGCCGAGCGCCAUAUACAAGAGAGGCCAGGCCCCAAUGUAGAUCGGAUGCCCGCAUCCCCGGAUACAGAGGUAAUAGAAGGCCAUUCAGCGUCUCGGAUCGAUGGAGACGUCAGUAACCUGCAGUCGCGGGACUCCCCGGAGCCGCAUCAAACUGACAUGGAAGGUCAUUACGUCGGACCAUCCUCAGGGGUCUCGUUCAUGCUUCGUAUUCAAAAGAGGCUGCAUGAGAGCAUCACAUUUCCAUUGAAUACACCCAUUUUCAGUUUUGGCGAUGCUCCUCUACCAAAAUCGGACCCUUCGUUCCUGCUUCUCCCCAGCAAGAAUGAGGCUAAAGAGCUAUGCAAUAGAUAUUUUGACUUUGCAUUUCCCACGCAUCGGUUCCUGCAUCAACAGCAGGUGGAAUGCUGGCUUGACGAAUUUUACAACCGUCUCCAGGAGCCUCACUCUCUUGGGCCUGGAGAACGGGAGAUUAGAGCAUUACUCCUCAUGGUUUUCGCACAAGCAUCACAAUAUAAGCCGGAGUCUGGUGAUAAAUUGGAGGAUACACGUAUGAGGUUUUGCGAGUACGGCUCUAAUCCCUCAUCAUCAUGCAACAGCGCGGUCUACUUUGGUGCGUCGGAGCACCAUCUAGCAACGGAGACUGGUCCCGUUCGGGUCACCAGUGUGCAGGCACGUCUGGCGCAAUGCUUCUAUCUUCUUUCGCAGUCUCGGAUUAACCACUGUUGGAGUCUCUUCGGUACCACCGCUCGUCUCGCUAUCGCCAUCGGCCUACAUCGGAAACGCCGACGCGAGCACCCGAGUACAAUCAACCUUGUUGAACAGGAGUGCUCAAAGAGAGUCUUUUGGUGUGCGUAUAGCUUGGACAACUACCUUAGUGCUGCUCUGGGCCGUCCUCGCAUCUUCCAUGAUGAUGAGAUUGACCAAGAAUUUCCUGAGAUCGCCGAAGAUCAGCAGAUAACGCUGACCUCCAUCCUUCCGCCAACCUCUAGUGCCCAGAGCAUUAUGCUGGCCCCUGUCUACCACGCGAAGCUAUCCAGGAUUAUCAGCGGCGUAUUACAUGACCUAUACGGCAUUCACAGGUCCACCCUAACGGCACAAGCCUCGGCUGCAGAAAAAUACGGGGCGAAGAUGACGGAAUGGCGAAAGGAACUGUCUCAGUUCCUGGACCUUCCCAAUGUGAAUAUAAUGAAGGUUACCUAUCAGCGACAAUACACUGUCUUAAACCUCGCCUUUUAUCAUGCGCAGAUCUUGCUGUAUCGCCCGUUUCUCUUAAAGGGCUUCACACUCCUCACCAAAGAGCCUAGUAGGCGAAACGAUAAGCUGCAGGGAACGAUUGACCAGAAUAUUAAGUCAUGCUUGGAAGCGGCCAUGAAGGUUGUUUCUAUUGUCCAUGAUCUGUCUGCAAAGGGAAGGAUGUACCGAGCUUUUUGGGUGUUGAAGUUCACUCAUUAUUAUGCGUUCUCCGCCAUCGUUGUGCUCUACGUUCACUACAUACGUAGUCGUUCUCGCCAAAGUACAACUGAUGCAGACAUGGCGUACUACAUGGCUGGAAAACAAGGUCAAGACGACCUGGCAUCAUGCGGCUCCCAGUCGUCUUUCUCCCAGCGUUAUGUUAUGGUGUUGGAAGAGCUUCGCAAGGAGGCGCACAAGGCCACAAUCCGGGGAAACCAGGAAUCAAUCGAUCAGCCAGUCACAAAUAGGCCAGACCCGGGCGCGACUGAGGGUGGAACGUCAAGGCCCGGAGAGCUUGAUCCGUUAAGGAACCUGGCUGACUCUCAACACACAGGAGUAUAUCCGGUAGCAAGCGACAGGCUCGAUGGCAUUCCCUGCCCAGCGCAAGUAUCCUACCAUGGGGUGCAGCCUGCGGGUUCAUUUCAAUUUCCGUCAGCACCGCAAGAGUCCGAAGUGGGAUCUCUACAAGGCAUCAGCCCAGAGUCUUAUAUCGCUGAUCUGGCCAGCUGGGGUGAAUUUGACUCUCUUGCUGCGACUGGUCUAGGAGACUUUGGUAACCUCUUUCCUCAAGGCAGAAACAUGUCCACCGGCCAGGUAUCUGCCCUUUUGGCGCCUGUUGUUGCCCUCAAUAUCUGGACCUUCGUCAUGGAGGGCUGGAUGUACCAAGCACGAAUCCCGGUAUACACCAAGAUGAAUAUCAAAAACACCAUUACGAAGCGCGAACUGGAUGCGAUGACGCCGGCGAGUGUCCGAUGGAAAGCAGACAAUUACAACCAUCUCAUGGAACAGCCAACCCAGUUUUACGCGAUAGCCCUCGUAUUGGCACUGGCCGGCAAGGAUGACAAGAUGGAUAUUCUCCUGGCAUGGUCCUAUGUAGCCAUUCGAAUUGUGCACAGCCUGGUGCAGUCAACUAGCAACCAUAUCAUGAGCCGGUUUUCCAUGUUCGUGUUCUCUUCAGGGAUCCUGGCGGUAAUGACUGGACGGGCUGCGUUACUUGUUUUCUGA